CCUUACUAUGGCGAUCUGACAGAACAAAGCAGCUUGAAUUCGAUGACAUAUAUUCUUCGAGAAAUUCUUUAAGAUCACCCGCGGAAAAAAAAACAAAGACAUAGCCAUUUUCCUUUCUAUCAUCAUGCAAAUGCAUACACUUUGUCCGCCAUAUUUACAUUUUACGCGGGAAAAGUAUGUCUUAUUACGUAUGUGCAUGUGAAAUGUCCAUUAAUUUUACGGGAUCAAUUACACAACGUAUUUUUACAUAAAAGUGUGUCCGCUGACAACCCUCACACUCCGCCCGGGCGUUAAUUUUUCCCUUGCUCAACGGGGUGAGCAGUGAGGGAGGAGUGAGGGAGUGAGGGAGUGAUUAAAGUUUGAGUUCUGUGAUUUCGGGAUAUAUUUGCUGGGCAAACAUGAAAGAAAACGUCUUCCUAUUUAUCCCUAACUUAAUAGGUUAUGCACGGAUCGUGUUAGCAGUACUGUCGUUCUACUUUAUGCCAACCGACUACAUCAUGGCCGCCAUCAUGUAUCUUCUUAGUGGCCUUCUUGACGCAUUCGAUGGACAUGCGGCCAGAUAUUUUGGUCAAAGUACAAUGUUUGGUGCUAUGUUGGACAUGCUCACUGACAGAUGUGUUACCACAGCUCUACUUGUGAUGUUAUCUGUUUUCUAUCCAAAGUACACUUUUGUUUUUCAAAUGCUGAUAUGUUUAGAUAUUGCAAGUCACUGGAUCCAUGUACAAAGUUCUUUGUUAAAAGGUGGAGCCAGUCACAAGAAAAUAGAUUUAUCUGGCAACUUCUUCCUCAGGAUUUACUAUCACUCCAGGGUAGUACUGUUUAUCAUGUGUGCUGGUAAUGAACUGUUUUUCUGUAUGCUAUACCUGAUUUAUUUCACAUCUGGACCAGUUUUGUCUGUUGGCAAUUACUCAUUUGGCAGCUGGGUGGCUGUAGCUUGGCUGACACUGCCUAUCUGUAUACUAAAGCAAGUAAUCAGCCUGAUCCAGAUGAUUGUGGCUUGUAUUAACACUGCUCGCUUGGAUGAGAGUGAAAGAGAACGGAUCAAUAAAUGACUAGCGAUGGACCUGGCUGAGGAAUGCCAAGAAAUGUUGCAAAGUUAGCAAAUACAUUUUUGACAAGUUGACAAAUCAAUUUAAACACCAAAGACGUAAUAUUGAAAAAGAUUAAGACGGAUUUUGAAAGACGAACUUAAAACAAGUAUGCAGUGAGCCUUCAAGAUACUAGGCAUGAUGUAGUGUGUUUAAUAUUGACAACGAAGUGAUCAGUGUCUCUUUUCGAAAAGUGUCUAUUGCGCUUAAUUUUUCCCCAUAAGGACUGACUGAACAGCCAGGAUGUAUGCACCUCUACAUGUACAAGUUGGAAUUACUUCCAAGUUGCCUGUUAAACAAGAACUUCAACUUGAGAAAACCUGCGUCUGUAUUGGUACAUAGUGAUUCUCAUCGGUUGUUGGUCAGCCAGUCGUAGACACUCGGUGAAUCUCACUCAGUGUGUUUUUUGAGGGGGUGAUAGAGAGUGGUUACUGCGCCGGUUAGAGAGUGUGUUCUGAUACAGCUAGGACUCUACAAUUUACAUAACAUUUGUGAAUCGUGUUAAUUUUUUGUGGUGAAUGUUCAGACUCUAGUGUUUGGCUUAAAAUAAUUGCCAGUACAAAAGCUCCUGUUGGGGUCAGCCUAGGAAAGAAAAACUCUGGGCACGUGUAUCAAUAUAUUGUCGAAACAAUGAUUGCAAUACGCGCACGCUAUUCACAGUGUAUAGAGUAUGUAGUGUAUAUAUGUACAUCAUUAAUUUCAGCGCGGAGUAUUAGAUUUUUCGAAACAAAUGGUAAGCACUCAAUGGAAAAUGCGAAGUAAUUAGUUUGAAAAUUAGUAUGGAAAUGUUGAGAUAAAUAAUGAGAAAUCACUUUUGUCUUAGCUUACAUGGCCAACAUCUGUUGUUUAUAAUAGUGUUAUAGCAGCAUGGUGAAAUUUUUGAAUGGGAAUAAAUUGAUCAUAACAAUAAUAAUAAUAAUAAUAAUAAUAAUAAUAAUAAUA